AGCGAUGACCAUAAUCCUGUUCAGCACAUUGUGAAGUGGUCAGGGUGAGAAGGAGAGUCAGACCAAGUCAGGAAGAAGCCCACAAAACAAGAAAAAGAACAAUAUUAUCCCUUCACCAUAGUGUUUCUUUGCAGCAUGGGGAAUUCUAAGAGUGGGGCACUGUCCAAGGAACUUCUGGAGGACCUGAAGUCCAAUACUAAGUACAACGAGGCCGAGCUGUGUGUCUGGUACCAGUCCUUCCUCAAGGAAUGCCCCACAGGCAGGAUCACCAAGGAGCAAUUUGAGGGCAUCUAUGCCAGCUUCUUCCCUAACGCAGACCCUACUGAGUACGCAAGGCAUGUCUUUAGGAGCUUUGAUACCAAUGCAGAUGGUCAACUGGACUUUAAGGAGUAUAUUGUGGCCCUGCACCUUACCUCCGGAGGCAAGACCCUGCAGAAGCUCGAGUGGGCCUUCGCCCUCUACGACGUGGAUGGAAACGGAACCAUCAGCAAAAAUGAGAUCCAAGAGAUUGUUAAGUCAAUAUUUAACAUGAUCCCUGAGGAAGACCAAAACGACCUGCCAGAAGAUGAGAACACACCUGAUAAGAGAGCAGACAAAGUCUGGGACUUUUUUGGAAAGAAAGAAGAUGACAAGAUUGCAGAGAGGGAAUUCAUUCAAGGAGUGAUGGACAACAAGGACAUCCUACGGUUGAUUCAGUAUGAUGAGCCCCAGAAAAUCAAGGACAAACUGAAGGAGAAGAAACAAUAGCUUUCAGACAAAAUCAUUCUUUUGAAUUCUAUAAGACUGUUCAGAGCUUUACUGUUUACAAACCCAACUCUCCUGCCAGACCUGGGCUCUUUGUGCGCUAGGCAACAUUGGCAUACACAUUGAAGUACCGCACAUUGUGGUGGAUGACCUGUUUGUCUAUGAGCCACCUGGACUUUUCUUCCCACUCAAAUAACUGUUCCGUGCUCUAGAAUUAUGGGUAUUCUUUUCUAUUUCGUAAUGAAAUAAUGGUUUCCAAGAUUCUGUUGCCUGCUGCUGUGUUCACUUGCGUUCAUUAGUUUAAUAAAGAGAAAGCCACCAGGAAAGGACCCACUGGGCACACACUGGUUGAAUCAAUGUUGUUUCCAUGAUAUUUAUAUGAAAUUACGUCGAACCAACAUAGAAUUGACAUCUGUGCCCAGUGGGGAGCUCCUUAUGAAGGGAAUUAGGCUGAAGUUAACAAUCCCUGUCUUACUAGCAAUCCUAUUAGUAUGUGAAGGUCAGUUUAGAAACAUCCUGGCAGAGGUUUCUUAUUAAGGUAAUCAUGUCUAUAGAAUGUGUCUUAUAAUGUGCUUAGCAGGACUGAAACUUCAUAUAAUGUACAGUAUUCAACUGGUAGAACAAAGGAAAAGGAGUAUUUUUCUUUAAUAUUGUUAAUGUUGAUGCUGUCAGUGACUGCUGGAAACUAUAUAAUAAAAAACACUGUGAAAAAAGA